AGCCACAGAAUCAACGUGAAGAUGAAUCGCUGCUCCCUGGUGGUGGAAUCAUGUUAUCCAGACUUGGUCAUCAAUGUGGGAGAAGUGACUCUGGGAGAAGAAAACAGGAAGAAAUUGCAGAAAAUUCAGAGAGACCAAGAGAAGGUGAGAGUUACACAGGCCGCAUGCGCUUUACUAAACUCAGGAGGAGGAGUGAUUUGGAUGAAAUUGGCAAACAACGAUGAACAUCUUGUGGAGAUGGGGUUAGAUUUGGAAAAGUCUUUGAGAGAGCUUGUUCCGUCCCCACAUUUUGAAGCUUUCUUUGAGACCAAACAAGAAGGGAGGUGUUUUUACAUUUUUGUCAAGUCCUGGAGCAGUGACAUUUCCACUGAAGACAGUUCUGUCAGACCCCGCAUUUGCAGCUUGAGUUCUUCGCUGUACCGUAGAUCGGGCACCUCUGUGUUCAUCAUGGAUUCAAGAAACGCUUUCGACUUCCUGAAGGCCAAGAGACGGGAUGCAGAAUGUGAAAUGAUUAAUGACUUCUCUCCACCUAGUAAAAUGUCCAAAACUGUGUAUCAGAACAGUUCUGAAUUCGAUCUUGCUUUUGAAAUUUUCCAAACCCACAGGCUUGAAUAUGGUCAAAUCCUGCCUUUUCCUGAGUCUCAAUUCAUAGAGUUUAAGCAGUUCUCCACGAAACACAUACAAGAAUAUGUAAAAAAUACAGUUCCAGAGUAUGUCCCUGCAUUUGCAAACACCGGGGGAGGCUAUCUUUUCAUUGGAGUGGAUGACAAGAGUAAGAAAGUCCUUGGAUGUGCAAAAGAAAAUGUUGAUCCUUCCUCUUUGGAAAGCGUAAUAGCAGGAGCAGUUUCCAAGUUGCCUGUUGUUCAUUUUUGCUCUUCCAAACCACAGGUGGGCUUCAAGACUAAAAUCAUAGAUGUAUUUCGCAUGGGAGAGUUGUAUGGUUAUUUCUGUGUAAUCAAAGUAGAACAGUUCUGCUGUGCAGUGUUCUCACAGGCUCCCAACUCAUGGAUGGUGAAGGACAUGCUUCUUUGCUGCCUGACAGCGGAGGAAUGGGUUCAAAGGAUGAUGUAUGUGGACCCAGUGGAGAAAGAUCAAGGGUUGGCUGAAGCUUUCGAAUCUCAGCUGAAUCUAUCCCACAGGCCUCCACUUUGCAGACCCGUGUAUUGUAGGAAAGGUCUGGAAUAUAAAGCAGCUCUCCAACAACAGCUAUUUCCAGUGCCACCAGAACAUUUGCAAUAUACUCCUGAAUCGCUCUGGAAGGAACUGUCCGCACAGCAUCAAGGACUGGAGGAGUUAAUAAAUAAACAAAUGCAUCCUUUCUCCCAGGGAAUUUUGAUCCUCUCUAGAAGCUGGGCUGUGGACCUGAACUUGCAAGGGAAACAGACAGUCAUCUGUGACGGUCUAUUGGUAGCGCUGAAUAGCCCCCCCGUUCUCUACACCAUUCUUGGGGAGCAGGAUGCAGAGGGGCAGGACUACUGUACUCGCACUGCCUUUACUUUGAAGCAGAAGCUGGUGAACACUGGGGGAUACACUGGGAGAGUGUGUGUCAUGACCAAGGUCCUCCAUCUGAGUCCUGGGGGCAAUCCAGAGUCUUUGGAGGAUUCACACUCUGCUAUAGAUUAUCCCAUGUCCUAUAAUCUUGCAAAUACCAAGGAAAUGGAAGCCUUGCUGCAGUCCCUUGUAAUUGUUUUGCUCAGCUUCAGAUCUUUCUUGAGUGACCAGGUUGGCUAUGAGAUUUUAAAUCUGUUAACAGCCAAACAGUAUGAGCUCUUCUCAAAGAAUCUUGACAACAGCAGAGAAUUGUUCAUCCACGGCUUACCUGGCUCGGGAAAGACAAUCAUGGCAAUGAAGAUCAUAGAGAAGAUCAGGAAUACAUUUAAGUGUAAGGAAGAUAGAAUUCUCUAUGUUUGUGAAAACCAGCUUCUGAGGAACUUUAUCAGUAAUAAAAAGAUCUGCCAAGCAGUAACCCGGAAAACCUUCAUGAGAAAUGUCUGUGAAAAGAUUGAACACAUCAUCAUCGACGAAGCUCAGAACUUCCGCCUUGAAGAUGGCGAUUGGUAUAAGAAGGCAAAAAACAUCUCUCAGAGAAAAAAAGAUUGCCCAGGAAUUCUCUGGAUCUUUCUGGACUACUUUCAGACCACUCACUUAACUUGCACUGGCCUUCCCCCUCUCUCGGCCCAGUAUCCAAAAGAAGAGCUCACCACAGUAGUCCGUAAUGCAACUCCAAUAGCCCGCUUCCUACAACAGGAAAUGCAGAUGGUCAAGGGAAACCCUCCACGUAACUUCCCCCGUGAGUAUCUGGAAAUACUCCAUAAAUCCACAUGGGUUCUGGAUGUUCCGGGCAACUUAGAGACUGAAAAUUUAGACUUGGAGAAUAUGGUGAUCUAUGUAGCAGAGAAGUGCCAGUAUUUCUUGAGGAAUGGUUAUUCUCCCAAAGAUAUUAUUGUGCUUUUCAGUACAACAAGUGAAGUAGAAGAAUAUAAAGAUAAGUUUCUAACAGCAAUGCGGAAGAGAACAAUGUCUCAGAUCAAUGAUGCACCCAUUUGUGGUGAUGACAUGUUUGACAGUGUCCGUCGAUUUUCAGGCCUAGAAAGAAACAUCGUGUUCGGGAUCAAUCCAAGAGCAGAGGAUCCAACUAUUUUCCAUAAUCUUCUGCUCUGUCUGGCUUCUAGGGCAAGAAAACAUCUGUUUAUUCUACAGCUUUCUUACAAGUAGAAAGACCUCAGUCUAUUAUGAAAAGUGAUAAAGCUGAUGGUUGAGGUGCUGGAUUCCCACAUGGCUGACCAUGGUUUGAGGACCAGACCUGGUAGCUUGCUUUCUCACUUUCCCUUUCUCUCUCUCUGUUCUCUCUCAGAUCAAAUUAAAAAAUAAUAAUAACAUAUAAAAUAAAAUAAAGAAUUACUUUAAAAAAUUGAUAAAGCUGGAAUAUUCUAUGUGUCCUUGAAAGUUUUGCUAGUGUACAGCAGAAAAGCAGUAUCUCUCACAAUACAGCCUUUUAAGAGAACUGGCUUCUGAGUUGUUUCUAUAUUCUGUGAGAUAAACUUCAGAAAAGCCUACUUCUUUCUUAAAAAAUUAUUUAAUUUAAUUUAUUUUAAUUUGAUCAGAGAGGGACAAAGCGUGUGCACGUGAGAGAGAGAGAAUGGAAAAGUGAGAAAGCAAGCCGCCAAGUCCUGGGACUCAAACCGCGAUCAGCCAUGUGGGAGUCCAACGUACUUAACCACCAUGCCACCUGCUGGCCCCCAAAAGCCUAAUUCUGAUUGCUUGUAUUAAUCCUUUUCUUUCUUUCUUUCUUUCUUUCUUUCUUUCUUUCUUUCUUUCUUUCUUUCUUUCUUUCUUUCUUUCUUUUUCUUUUUUUUUUUUUGCCUUACUUUUAAUGUUUAUAUUGAAUUCUAUUUUUUAAAACUUACAAGUAAGUUUUUCCACUAACCUAGAGGGGGAUUAUUGAUACUUCCUUCUUUGUUCUUACCGGGAAAGGCAAUAAAACAUGGGACUGCUCUACUUUUUUUUUUUUUUUUUUUAAUGAAGAGUUUAAGACUCUGUGGCUCUUUAAAUUGAGCAAAGGAAAACAUGAAGUGCACCAUUAAGCUGAGUGUUGAUUUCAGGGUGAAUAGUCCUGCCAUGCAAGCUCACUAUAUGACAUCAACAGGUUCAAAACAUCCCUGAAAAACUGACAGUUUGUGCUUGGAAAACUGGUAUGAGCUGUCUCCAUGUAUCACUACAACUGAUGUGCGCUUUAUCGUGAAUAAAGGGUUAUCCGUUUUUAUUUUCUCGAUAAAUCUCUCCUGUUACCUAUAUUCUUAUUCUAUUUCACAGUUUGUUCACUUCCUAGGCGAAGCGGCCUAGGAAGAUUUUGUUGAUUUGUUGCUGUCUUCUAAUCCAUCCCUUCAUUUUUUACCCGAGCAGAGACCACUGAUUGUCUCUCCAUAUCUAUGCUCUCCUUUUUAAAAAAAAAAAAAAAAUAAUACAAUAAUAGACAUUUUAGGGAAGCACAUAACAACUUGAACAAAAAGUGGUAUUUCUCAGCCUUCCUUUAAGCCAAGGAUGGCCAUGAGACCAAAUUCUGGCCAAAGGUAUGUGAGCAGGAGUGAUAUGUUUAACAUUCGGGAGGCAUCCUAAGCAGCAUUUUGAAGUUCUUUAGAGAAAUGCCAAAUUUUUCCAUCAUCCAAUUCUAUUGGCAAAGCAGUAUUUAAAAAUGCCCCCACCCAGGAAUUCCCUGAGCUUCCCAUAGUUCUUUUUGAUUUACUGAGUAGAAAUAAACCAAUUUCUCCUUCAUAAUUAGGAACAAUCAUCCAGCAAGCGCACUGACCACCUAUUCUAACUAUUGAUUCAGCAGCCCAAGAAACAAAAUGGCCUUGGCUUACAAUUUAAUGGACCAUGACUGUGUUUGAGUUUUAGAACCUCCAAACCUACUGGACCUAAGGUGACAGUGGUGGUAGCAAAACUUUCCUGGAAGUGUUCUUAGAUGUAAUCGUAAGAUGGUCUGCUCCGACCUCUUUCCACUCCUUGGUUCUGACUGGCAUAUUUUGGCAUACACUGUUCUGCAGAAGAGAGCCCCAACCUUGCUGGUGCUAUCUCCCAGAGGGGGCUGAAACUAAUCUUGCAGCACGUUAUGACUUCAUGGUAUAAAGCCAACUGAUUUUUUUUUUUAAAGAGUUUUUUUUUUCCCCUUUAUUUUUCUUUAGACCAGAGAGGGACAGAGAGAGAGAAAGUGAGAAACCAAGCCACCAGGCCCGGGACUUGAACCAUGGUCAGCCAUGUGGGAGUCCAGUGCCCUUAACCACCAUGCCACCUCCUGGCCCCAAGCCAGCUGAUUUUGAGUGAAGGGGACAUGGAAAAAACAGUGAAGUCUAUGACCUCGAGACCAUUGGUAUACCAUUGUGGUAUACCAUUGUGGUAAGAUGGGUUCCUUUGCUUACCUUUGCGGUAAGAUGAGUUCCUUGUUCGGAGGUACUGUUUUGUAGCAAUAAGUAAGUCUGUGAAUGGUGAUGCUAGAAAAAGCCCUGUGGGCGGGGAAGGGACACUGGUAUCUAGAGUGUGUAUGUGUUCCUGUGAGCAAUCAUGCUUCUGGUUUUUGUGAGAAAUACUGUAUCAUGAAGAUGCUGCAUUGGCCUCUGCGUGUGUACUCAGCAGUGGUUAGUGGUAGCCAGAUCAGUCUCGGUAAGGGAAGAAUCAUAUUUGUUAGACUACGCAUACCCUCUAUUUCAGAAAUGUUGGGCUAUAAUAGGAUUCUAGAGAGGGACCCAAAUUACAGCUCGUAUUCUCAUGGGUAACUUAAGAGCUCCUCUUAUGAGCUUGGGACCAGCAGCUAGUGUAAUGGCUAUGUCGCUGGACUCCUAUAUAGUUGAUCGUGGUUCGAGUCUCGGAUCCAGUGGCUUAAACUCAC